GUUUUGGGCACUAUUGCGAAAAGUCCAACCCGUUCGUUUUGUCUCGGAUCUUUCUCUACCUGAAGGCGCUGUGAUUGACGUUGGCCGGCCGAAGAGAAGGAGCUGACUGGCAUUUUAUACACGACAUCUGUCGCAAAUUCCCCGACUCUCAGCCCUGCGAACCUCCCCCACCAAAGCCUAGCGCACGCGAUAUCAUAUAAUCCCGGCAUAAUAUAUUUCUUGUCUCUCUGCGUGCUUCAGUCCCAGGCAUCCCGCUUCACAAUGUCGCAAUCAGCCGUCGACCUCAAGAACCAGGGAAACAAGGCGUUCGCCGCUGGAGAUUGGCCUACGGCGAUCAGCUUCUAUGACAAGGCCAUCGAGGCAGACCCUACCGAGCCCACAUUCUUUACCAACAGAGCCCAGGCAUAUAUCAAGACUGAAGCAUACGGAUAUGCCAUCGCCGACGCCACCAAGGCGAUCGAGCUCAACCCGAAGCUGAUCAAGGCAUAUUUCCGCCGAGGCCUCGCCCGUACUGCGAUUUUAAAACCAAAGGACGCCAUCGAGGACUUUAAAGAGUGCGUCCGGCUAGAUCCCACCAACAAGGAUGCGCGACUCAAGCUGGAGGAGUGCAAGAAGAUUGUGCGCCAAUUAGCCUUCUUCGCCGCCAUUGAAAUUGGAGAUGAGCCCUCGGCUGCUGAAGGGCUUGAUUUGGAGUCCAUGGCCCUUGAGGAGGGCUACGACGGAGUGGCGCUAGGAAAUGAGAUGACACAAGAAUUCAUCGAUGACAUGAUCGAGAGAUUCAAGACCGGCAAGCUCCUUGCCAAGAAAUACGUCUAUCAGAUCCUUAUUGCCGUCAAGAAAAUCGUAUAUGAUGAGGCCACCAUGGUGGAGACGGAAGUUCCCGAGGGCGUCGAACUCACCGUUUGUGGUGAUACCCACGGCCAGUACUUUGAUCUUAUGGAGCUGUUCCGACGAAACGGCCACCCGUCAGAUAAGCAUUGGUACUUGUUCAACGGCGACUUUGUCGACAGAGGAUCAUGGUCCACCGAAAUUGCUCUAUUACUCUACGCCUACAAGUGGCUGCGGCCCAAGAACUUCUUCUUGAACAGAGGAAACCACGAGACAGAUGAUAUGAACAAGGUAUACGGCUUUGAAGGCGAGUGCAAAGCCAAGUACAAUGAGAGAAUUUUCAGGUUAUUUUCCGAAAGUUUCUCUGCAUUGGCCCUGGCGACACUAAUUGGAUCCAAAUAUCUGGUUCUCCACGGUGGUCUGUUCUCUGAUGACAAGGUCACAUUAGAUGACAUUCGAAAGCUGAACCGACACUCGCAACGCCAACCCGGCCAAGCGGGUUUGAUGAUGGAGAUGUUGUGGACUGAUCCUCAGGAGGAGCCUGGCCGGGGGCCCAGCAAGCGAGGAGUGGGCAUGCAAUUCGGACCAGACGUCACCAAGAGAUUUUGCGAGAACAACGGCUUGGAAGCUGUUAUUCGAAGUCACGAAGUGCGCAUGGAUGGCUACGAAGUACAACACGAUGGCAAAUGCAUCACUGUCUUCUCUGCUCCGAGAUACUGUGACUCAACGGAGAACAGGGGCGCUUACAUCAACAUCGGACCUGAUUAUAAGCUCCGGUAUGAACAGUUUGAUGCAGUACCACACCCGAACAUUCGGCCGAUGGCAUAUGCCCAAAACUCUCUCAUGUCAUCUCUAAUGUAAAGCCUCUGGAUUGCAGGCAAGGCGGAGGAAGGGUGUAUAUGAACUAGAGGCAUAUAUACACUCCUGCUUCUGGGUAUCCAACAGACUAUUAAAAACAGUAAAAAGUAAAAUGAAGAAUACGGCCAGGUAGCGAGGCGGCACUUAGAUAUACCCUUUGCGGUUAGGUAUUUUAGGUUAUGCAGCACCAAUGCCUCAGUUAUUAUUCCACA